AUGAUUGGUUAUAGAAAUAGGGAAUACAGUCGUGUAGAAAAUAACUACACACAAAUGGAUCAAGAUGACAAUGAAACGGAUGCCACAGAUUUUCAGAGCAAAAAAAUGAGGACCUUCUCAGAACGAGAUGUCAAGGAGCUGUCCCAUGUGAUGGGGAAAUACAACGUGGGUAAAAACUUUGCAUGCUUCGGGGGGGCAUUCGCUAGAUUUGCAAAUGAAACGGUGGUAUUUAACAAGAAAAGAUUUAAACCACACUUGGGAAUUCAUAUGAAUAUGUACUUGUUUAAUAGUUAUAUAUUUGAAAAUAAUUUCAUUAAAUUAAUUUAUUUUUCAAGAUGGCAUAUAUUAGUAUACUUAUCUAAUAAUAAAUUGUAUGUCUAUAAUCAUAGCAGAUACUUAUGGCAUUUAGACCAUUUUAAUGAAUGGAAGAAUUUAGAAAUACCAACAAGUAAUGAAAUUACAGAUAUUCAAAUAGUAUCAUGUAAUUAUAAGGGUGAUAUAUAUUUUGACACAUCCAAUCAAAAUAAUGUUUAUGAAAAUGGAAAUGAACCUGUUAAUGGAGAGAAGAAGAAUGAGGACAUAAACAGGAAAACACAUGACGAACUAUUAACAGAAAAUUAUCCAUUAGAUCCUAUACACUUUUUUGGAGUUAGUUUAAUAGAUAGCAAAAAAAAUUUAUAUCUAGGUCUUAACAAUAAUAAGAAUUCAAAUAAAAUGUUAAUUAAACAAAUUAAAAUGAUUAUUCCUUCACAGCUCGUUCACCAGAAUUUACAAUUCAGUACUAUUUUAGUCAGUCUCCCUGAACUAAAUGAACAAGACAUACAAAAUUGUAACGAUGAUUUAAAAUAUUCAACUAUUUUUGAGUUAUCUUAUAAUUCUACCUUCAAAACAAUGGAAUAUACAAGUGGAAGUGACAAGCCUGUACAUAUGACUAAUUGCCAUUUUUAUGAUGAGAAUUACAAACAGGGUACGAAUCAUAUCUGCCCCAGGAAUUUCUCCAAGGGUUACUCCGAUGAGAGUAAGAAGUAUGGUAUAACAACAUUUACGGGUUUGUCAAAUGGAAGUUUAAGUGUUGUGAGAGGGGAGAAGAUAACGAAUGGGGGGAAGUCGACAAAAGAGAAGAGGAAAUUAAAUAUAGAGAACUCAGUGAACGGGGAGAGGGUAACAAGUGGGACGAGUGCCAGCACGAAGAGUAAACUCAUUUUGCAGCAAGGCGCUAUAGCACAUACACGUGUACCAUUUAACACGGUUGAUGAAAAACAUAGCAGCAGUAUGAUCCAUCCAGUUGCCACGAACAGCUGGAGUGAAUUACCGAAACUGAAUGAAAGAGAAACGUGCAAGAGAAAGGAAAAUAACUACGACUAUAGUUCCUUCGAAUUACAAAAUGGAAAGAGACAGAAAAAAAAAAAAAUGGUUAAUGAUAAUGCUGCUAAUAAUCCUUGUAACAAAGGAGAAAUACAAUAUAAUAAUAAUUCUUUAAAAUAUUCUGAACAUAUUUCCAAAAAAAUAAUGUGUGUGAAUAAUGGUAAAAAUGAACAACUUGGAGAGAACUACAUUUUCAGAUAUCUGGAAGAACAAAAUAUGAACAAAUUAAUAAAUAAUGAAAAAAAAAUAAAAAAAAAUAAAAAUUAUUUUAUAUAUAUCCGAAUUUCUGAAAAUGUAAAAUUUAAAAAAAAAUUAAUUAAUUCGAAACCCAAAGUUUUAAUUAGUGGGACUUGUUGUAAUCAUGGAUGUAUACUAUUUGAAAAUAAAGAAAUAUAUUUUUGGAUAUAUAAAAAACAAAAAAGCUGCAUAAAUAUUUUACAGAAAAAUGAAAAAAAUAUGAACAGUACAGAAACAAAUAGUACUUUUAUUUUUAAAAAAUUGAAAUAUCCAAAGAGUAACAUAAUUGAUGUUGUUUAUUGUAAUAAUACAUAUAUAAUGAUAUCUGAAGAUAAUAUUAUGUACAUUUUAAAAUUCCCUUUUUUACAUACACUAAGAGCAGUCAAUUUCUUUUUUUACCUGAACAGCUACCUUUUCAAAAAUAUAAAUUACACUCGUAAUAAUACUCUCCUUACUAUUGAUAAAAUGAAAGGGUCUAAUAUAAUAAAAAUGUACUUAACCGAUUAUAUAUUAAUUACUAUAAAUAGCACAAAGGAAAUAUGUUUUACCCCUAUCCUAUUUCAUAAUAUUUACAACUACAGGGAUUCUCAGUACAUCGACAUCAAGAAUUUAAUAAAGGACCUAGGUGAGUUCAGCAUUAGUGGACUAGAUAAUUUAUUUUCUUUCGAAGAGAAAAUGAAAUUUCCAAAUUUAAUCAAGUAUAAAAUGAUUCGAAUUUGCGCACAAAAAAAAAACUCCUUUACCUUAUAUGUAACCCCGAAUGCGCUAGUUGUUUGCAUAUAUAAUUUGUUUGAAUAUUAUGAUAUACUGGACUCGUCCAUAUCUAACUUUCUGAGUAAGUACUACAUUGUGUAG